AAAAUAAAAAAAGAUUAUAGAACAUUAAAAAUAAAAUGUUGUAAAAACAAAUGUCAUACCUUAAUUUCCAUGUUGUAAUGCAUUUCCUACAUUUUUUGACUUUUGGGUCAUCCAUUGGAUGUUUGUUCAAAUUAAAGCUAAAGUUUGAAGUCAACAUUUCAUGUCGUCAACCUAUAUCGUAUCUUGGAGGUUUUGUUUUCCCCCCAUAUUACCUAUAUUUCACCAAAUAGCUCAUUGGGAGGCUAAAACAGUCUUUGCAGGCAGUUGCUUGAAGUCUUUGAAACAAAUUUUUCCUCAUCUUUAUACAAAAGACUGCAACUAGUUUAUUCACAUAAAUGUACAAACUAGAAAAAUUACCAAGAAUUCUUUCUAGUAUCAUUUCCAUCCUCCUCUUUCCUGCUUCAUUCUUUUGCUCUCUCUAUAUUCCCUCCAUCUUCAAUCAUGUUCAAGAGUUCAAUAAUCCUUUGUAUUAUUUUCAUCUUCAUCUCACUAUAUGAAGCCCAAUCCUUGAAUUCCUCAACCUGCAAUCCUCAAGAUUGUGGUAAUGGCCUCAAGGUGUCAUUCCCUUUCUGGAUUCCAAACAAACAAGAAUCCAACUGCGGCUUGCCUGGAUACACCAUAACGUGUGACGAUGACAAGCCCGUUAUCAAGAUUCGAAACGAUGAUUAUAUCCUCAAAAACAUGUUUUACCCCAACAAUUCCUUCCGGUUGGCUAAAUCCGAGGUUUUUGACGAGGAUAAUGAAUGUCCUGUUCCUCGAAGCAAUUUUAGCACGGAAGGUACCCCGUUUAGCUAUGGCCCUGACACGGAUGACCUCUUCUUCUUCUAUGGUUGCCCGAAGCCUUACGAGAUGGGGACUUAUUCUGUGGAUUGUGCCAGCAAUGGCUCCCAUCAUUCUUUUGCUGAUUUUCAUACUGAUCUCUUUGAGCACUACAACUAUUCAGUAGAGUUGUGCCAGCCCCCGGUUAACACGCCCGUGGAGGCUGAAGCUAUAAGCAAAUUGGUGGAGUUGAAUUAUACACAAGUUUUGAAGAGAGGAUUUGUUCUGCAGUGGGAUGGGUCUAAUUGUAGCGAAUGCGAGAAAAGUGGGGGAAACUGUGGUUCUUACAACAAUGAAUUCUCCUGUUUCUGCCAUAACCAAAUACAAAACAGAACCUGCCCUCAUGGUAAAAAUGUGGGAAUGAAGAUUGGCAUAGGCAUUGGCGGAGCUGCAUUUGCUUUCAUAGUAUGCUUCUGUUGGUUUGCGUACCAUAGACGACAAAAGAAGCAGCGCUCUGUUUCAUCAUCGUACUUAAUGUCGCGAAGCGUUCCUUCAAAUCCAUCUUCAUCAACCAUAGAUCUUGAAAAUGGUUCAAACUACCAUGGAGUCCCCCUCUUUGAUUAUACCGAGCUUGAAGAAGCCACCAACAAUUUUGAUCCCAGCAAUGAACUUGGAGAUGGUGGAUUUGGCACUGUAUAUAAAGGUAAACUCAGAGAUGGGCGGGUUGUUGCUGUGAAACGCUUAUAUGAAAAUAACUACAAGAGGGUUGAGCAGUUCAUGACUGAAAUUGAAAUCCUAGCACAAAAGCGCCACAAGAAUCUUGUCACCCUUUAUGGAUGCACCUCUCGCAACUCUCGCGAGCUUCUCCUAGUUUAUGAGUAUGUUCCCAAUGGCACAAUCGCCGAUCAUCUUCACGGUGAGCGGGCGAGGCCUAGAUCGAUGUGUUGGGCUACUCGGUUGAGCAUCGCUGUCGAGACCGCCAGUGCUUUGGCUUAUCUCCAUCUCUCUGACGUCAUCCACCGCGAUGUCAAGACUAACAACAUUCUCCUGGACAACAACUUCUGUGUCAAGGUUGCGGAUUUCGGGCUGUCCCGGCUCUUCCCGACCCACGUCACCCAUGUCUCCACAGCUCCACAGGGCACCCCGGGCUACGUUGACCCAGAGUAUCACGAGUGCUACCAGCUUACCAGUAAGAGCGACGUUUACAGCUUUGGGGUGGUGCUGAUCGAGCUCAUAUCGUCCCUUCCAGCCGUGGAUAUCACCAGGCACCGUCACGAGAUCAACCUCUCCAACAUGGCUAUCAACAAGAUCCAAUGCAACGCGUUACACGAGCUCGUGGAUAAAAACCUCGGGUUCGAAUCGGAUGCCAAAGUCCGGGAAAUGAUCAGUGCAGUGGCGGAGUUGGCUUUCCGGUGCUUGCAAAGUGGGAAAGAUAUGAGGCCGACUAUGCCGGAAGUGUUGGAGAGAUUGGUAGAGAUUCAGAACAUGGAUUCCACUGGGAAGACAGAUUCCCAUUCCAAGAGAAGCCCUACAGAUUCUUCAGUACUGUUACUGAAGAAUAAUGAGGCUGCAGCCCUUUCUCCGAAUUCUGUCAUUACUGCACAAUGGCCUAGCAGAUCAACAACUAAUAGUAGCAGUAGCUGCUAAGUUUUAGCCGGUUGUGUUCUUUCAAGUAAAAAUGUUGAGUAUUUACUGUCUAUAUAUCUCUCAGGAAAUAUUGAAUUUCACUUUUUCCCCCCUAUUACAGAUUUUUACGUACUAAAGGAGAUGUAGGUAUGCAGAGGCAGUUAUAUUUACCGCUAUCUGGUUUAUAUUGA